CCUGAUCGCAUCCCGGGACCGGCCGCUCAUGGCGGCGUUUGUGGCUUGGCUGCUGCGUGAGUGAGGCGCUCGUCGUCUCCUUCCCGCCGUCGGCGGGCUGCACCAAGGUCGUUCUUGCCCUCGCCACCAUGACCGAGGAGCCGUACGAGAAGUUCCUGGCCCCCGAAGAGCCGUGCCCGCUGCUCUCGCACCAGCACCCGCCGCGGGGCGGCAGCUUGAGCCUGAGCGAGGAGGGUUGCCUGGACGUCAGCGACUUCGGCUGCCAGCUCUCGUCCUGCCACCGCACCGACCCGCUGCACCGCUUCCACUCCAACAGGUGGAACUUGACGUCUUGUGGAACGAGUGUGGCCAGCUCAGAGUGUAGUGAGGAGCUCUUCUCAUCGGUUUCAGUUGGUGAUCAAGAUGAUUGUUACUCUCUAUUGGAUGACCAGGAGUUCACCUCUUUUGAUUUGUUCCCCGAGGGUAGUGUCUGCAGCGAUGUCUCUUCUUCUAUCAGUACAUACUGGGAUUGGUCUGACAGUGAGUUUGAAUGGCAGUUGCCUGGCAGCGACAUCACAAGUGGGAGUGAUGUACUUUCUGAUGUUAUACCUAGUAUUCCAAGUUCUCCCUGUCUGCUUCUGAAAAAGAAAAACAAGCACAGGAAUCUUGAUGAGCUUCCAUGGAGUGCCAUGACAAAUGAUGAACAGGUUGAAUAUAUUGAAUAUUUGAGUCGCAAAGUCAGUACAGAGAUGGGCCUUCGAGAGCAGCUUGAUAUUAUUAAAAUUAUUGAUCCUACUGCACAGAUCUUGCCUACAGAUAGUGAAUUCAUUAUUGAAUUGAACUGUCUCACAGAUGAAAAACUGAAACAGGUGAGAAACUAUAUCAAGGAACAUGGACCUCGUCAACGGUCAUCCAGGGAAAGCUGGAAGAGGAGUAGCUACAGUUGUGCAAGUACCAGUGGUGUGAGUGGCACCAGUGCCAGCAGCAGCAGUGCCAGCAUGGUCAGCUCAGCAAGCAGCAGUGGCUCCAGUGUUGCUAACUCUGCUUCAAACUCAAGUGCCAACAUGAGUCGAGCGCACAGCGACAGUAACUUGUCCACAAGUGCUGCAGAAAGAAUCCGGGAUUCAAAAAAACGUUCCAAGCAACGGAAACUACAGCAAAAGGCCUUACGCAAAAGACAGCUGAAGGAGCAAAGGCAAGCUCGUAAGGAAAGACUGAGUGGAUUAUUUCUUAAUGAAGAAGUGCUCUCUUUAAAAGUGACUGAGGAGGACCACGAAGGAGAUGUGGAUGUUUUGAUGUGACAGGGGUGAAUUUAUCAGUGUUCUUUCUAAGCCUUAAAUGUAUUACCCUUAUUGUUUACAUAUAUUUCUCGACCAAAUUUCAAUUAGUGUUAACAGUAUAAACCAGAUCUUUUCUCAGAUGUAAUUUUGGUAAGAAGGUCUUAAGUAUUGAGUAACUUCAGCUUUGAGAUUAAUUUUGCAUUAAAGACUUCAAUAACAUAACUGUCUUCUGAAAAGCUGCUGAAUAGAUUUCAGUUUUAAGGACAUUUGAAGUUGGCUAACAUUCUACCUUACUUGCAAGACAUAAGUCUGGGGGUGCUUUUGGAUGACAUGAAGCAUGCAUUACUGUGCUUCAGCUUUUUGUUUUGUUUUCCACCUUAGAGUUAAUAUUACACGUGGCUUGUUCUAUCUUCCUGUCCUAUUAUUGGGAAGAUUCUUUAGCAUGACAAAAAAAAAAAUAAUCUUUGGUUCUGUAGGGCUUUCAUCAGUCUUGCUCUUGCAUCAUAUAAAAUCAAAGUACAUGAGAAAUCCUUUUCUAGAAGUUGUGAUUUAACUCAAACUACACAGAAAAGAAGAAGUGGGACGUCUAAUGCAGGGAAUAUGUAAAAGAAAAAAUGCCUAAUAAUGUAGUUUUAAAGGAAGCAAUUAAAAA